UCUUUGUCUCAUUGACGGCCUACGGUUCAACGUCCUCAGCCCAGCAACCAACCACCUGGACCAACCCUUACUUUUACUACCAUUACAACACCCCGCUGGACCUGCCUACCCAGAAGUUAUCGGCCGAUGAAAAAGCAGGAAAUCAGCAGCAGCUAUUCAAAAGUAUUAAUUACAACGAUCACAGUAUGCAAAACACGCUAGGAUCUCAUAUCGUACUGCUAACAACAUGUAUAAGGGAUUUGAAAACCACGAAAGCUGAUUUGGUGCACACGCAUUCCGAGGUUGAAAAUGUAAAGAAAGAGUUGAAAGAGUUGAAAGAGAAUUCCCAAUUUACCUCGACGUCAACUCAACUUUUGGCAAACGUUAUGGCCACGGUCGAGAAUAUGAAAAAAGAGAUGACCGGUUUGAUCACUAAAGCGGAUUUAGCACAGACAACGCAGCGAUUGGACGAAACACACACAUCGCGCGUCGAAAGCGUAAAAAAAGAAUUAGCAAAUGUAAUGACUACAAUUGAAAAUAUUCAAAAAAUUACAAUUGAGAGCGCUCCAUCCAGUAUCGGUCGAAUGCCAAACUCUUGUGACGAUCUGCAUAAAAUUGGUCACCGGAAAAGCGGAUUGUUCUCCGUAAUGGGCAACAAAACGGUUGACAACGUCUACUGUGAUUUCACGAAGCCAACCAACGAUGCAGAUUUUCAAAAAAUGAUCGGCUUCUUCGACGUCAAAACAUCCCCCGUUCAUUUUUACGUACAAAGAAUCUCAUCUUAUAGGAAUCUUAACACGGUUAUUCCAUUCGAAUUGUUGAGACUUAACGUGGGCAAUGCAAUUAGCCUUUCUGGAAUCUUUGUGGCUCCUAAACCUGGCAAAUAUUUUUUCUCUUUUUCGGGUAUUAGUGAGGGCAAUGCAGUUGCAAGAGUAGAGCUGCAAGUUAAAACUGCAACAGCGGAUUGGUCAAGGAUAGGAGCUGCGUGGAGUGCCCUCGGACAUCAAACAUUUUCACUACAAUCCACUUUAGAACUUGCCAAAGGCAACCAAAUUAGAAUCAUGCUUCUAGAAGGAGCAAUUCAUGAUGACAAAAACCGAAUUUAUACACAUUUUGUUGGCCAGCUACUCGAGGAAGAAAUCCUUCAUUGAGUUGCCCCAGAAUCGAAGCAAGAAUUGGUUUCCGAUUUCCAUGCCAACCUAUUCUUUGGUGACACAAUUUUUUUUCUACAAAUGGUGGAGGUGAUAUUAAAUCUGGACUAGAAAUAAAAGCAAGUUGAGAAAAGGUGUCGCUGUUGUUACUUAUUGAU